AGAGAGAUCGCGUCGUCGUUCGUUGACAUCUCUGCCCGGAGCUGUCCGGCGUCCAAGGUGCUGACACAAACGAAUCGCCUUUCGCGUUUAACUGAAGUCUUCAAACUCUCGGAAGGAUUUCUUGAUGGCAGCACAACUAUGGAAUUAUUGCGUGUGAAGUUAAUGAAGAGAGGAAAAUAAUGAUCAAAUAGAACACGGGAUUAAAUGUGUUUCGCAUCAAUGGGAUUAUUCAAAAUCCAACAGAAGGAUUACUACAAGUGUCAUUUUCUACAGAUUUUCCUAAAUACGGCGUAUUACAUAUAUUGUACUACCAGCUGCCCGUCUGAGGCUGGAUGUCCCUGACAAGCAGAGUGUGAGUGAGGAUGGCAACAAUCAGUACUCAGCAAUCUUACCCCGCUGUGCAUCGGCUAUCUGUCAGGACAAACGAUGACGACCUUGAUAGGAUCGAGAAUGGAAACAGCAGGGCGCACUCACUGUGUGAGGACACCUCCUCUGAGCUGCAGAGAGCGGUCUCCAUGGAGACCAGAGGGCUGCCUGAGUCCCGCAGGAGCUCCUUCACAGGGACCGGCGCCAUGGCCAGGCUCUCUCGGUUCAUCUUUGCGUUAAGGAGCUGGGCUACCAGACGAUUACAUCAUGAAGACCAAAGACCAGACUCGUUUCUGGAACGAUUUAGAGGUCCAGAUCUAAAAGAGGCUUCUAGUCGAGAGAGCAAUGCCCAGUCAGCUACUGGAAACCCUGACCAUCCACACAGGGGGAAGAACCGCUGGCCGCUGGCAAACUUCAAUAUCAACAACUGCAACAACACAGAUGACAAAAAGGAGGACAAGAAGGAGGAGAAGAAAGAGGAAAAGAAGGAGGAGAAAAAAGAGGAAAAAAAGGAGGAAAAGAAAGAUGAGAAAAAAGAUGACAAAAAGAAAGAAGAGGAGAAGAAAAAAGAAGUAUUUAUUGUUGACCCAGCUACAGAUCUCUACUACAGAUGGCUUACUAUAAUUGCAACCCCAGUCAUGUACAACUGGUGCAUGCUUAUUUGCAGGGCCUGUUUUGAUGAACUGCAGACAAAGUAUAUUACUUUAUGGAUGGUUUUGGAUUACUCUUCAGAUGUCAUCUACUUCCUUGACACAUUUGUGAGAUUCAGGACAGGUUUCCUAGAGCAAGGAUUGCUCGUGAAGGACCCAAAGAAGUUACGAGAAAACUACAUGAAGACACCACAGUUCAAAUUUGAUCUACUCUCGAUGGUGCCAACGGACAUAGCUGUGAUUAAAGUGGGGAACAACUACCCAGAGCUGAGGUUCAAUCGCCUGUUCAAAUUUGCACGCCUUUUUGAAUUCUUUGAUCGCACUGAAACUAGAACCAAUUACCCCAAUAUUUUUCGAAUAAGUAACCUUGUCCUUUACAUUCUCAUCAUCAUCCACUGGAAUGCAUGCAUAUUUUUUGCUAUUUCCAAAACCAUAGGCUUCGGAAGCGAUACCUGGGUAUAUCCUAAUAUAAGUCACCCUGAGUAUGGGCGACUGGCAAGGAAGUACAUCUACAGCCUGUACUGGUCUACGUUAACACUCACCACUAUUGGAGAGACCCCACCACCAGUGAAGGAUGUGGAGUACCUGUUUGUUGUGUGCGACUUCCUAAUAGGGGUGCUGAUCUUUGCCACUAUCGUCGGUAAUGUGGGUGCCAUGAUUUCCAACAUGAAUGCCAACAGAGCAGAAUUCCAGGCUAAAAUUGACUCCAUCAAACAGUACAUGCAAUUCCGAAAAGUGUCAAAAGACCUGGAAGCCAGAGUGAUCAAGUGGUUCGACUACCUGUGGACGAACAAGAAAACGUGCGACGAAAAAGAAGUCCUGAAGAACCUGCCAGACAAACUGAAAGCUGAGAUCGCCAUCAACGUCCACCUGGACACACUGAAGAAAGUGCGCAUCUUCCAGGACUGCGAAGCCGGUCUCCUGAUCGAGCUGGUGCUCAAGCUGCAGCCGCAGGUGUUCAGCCCCGGAGACUACAUCUGCCGCAAGGGGGACAUUGGAAGGGAAAUGUACAUUAUCAAAGAGGGAAAGUUGGCUGUGGUGGCGGACGACGGAGUCACGCAGUUUGUCGUCUUGAGUGAUGGCAGCUACUUUGGGGAAAUCAGCAUCUUAAACAUUAAGGGAAGCAAGUCGGGCAACAGAAGAACUGCUAACAUUCGGAGCAUUGGCUAUUCUGACCUCUUCUGUCUCUCCAAGGACGACUUAAUGGAGGCCCUAACAGAAUACCCAGAGGCCAAAAAAGCUCUGGAGGAGAAGGGGAAAGCCAUUCUAAUGAAAGAUGGUUUGAUAGACGAGGAAGUCGCCAACCAAAGCGGGGACCCGAAAGACCUGGAAGAAAAGGUCGAGAACCUGGAAUCCUCUCUCGACCUCAUGCAGACCAAAUUUGCAAGACUCAUGGCAGAGUUCACCUCCAGCCAGGUCAAGCUAAAGCAGAGACUUACAAAAAUGGAGACCAAAAUGAAGUCGCUGGGGAGUGGAGAACUCUGUGAUGGUAAUGAAGCAGACAGUGAAGCGCCGAAAGAAGAGGAGAAAAAGGACAAAUAAAGGGUGUUAUGCUGUUUUUUUGCAUUUUCAAACAGAACUGUACUCUGAGCUAGGGUUACUGCUCUUUUUUGUAAAUACAGAACAAAUAAAAACAAUGUAGUUUAAUACUUUUCAAAGCUGAUUUUUUUAUUUAAAUUAUAUGCUAAAAAAUAAAACCAUGUUUCUUGCAUAGAGAUUAUCUAUAUGUACUCAAUUGUACAUAAGCCAUUUAUAUUGUCUACAGCCCAACAAAAACAACAGCUCAUUCUAAAAAGCAUAAUUCAAACAGAAUAGCUCUCAAACAGUGACCAAGGAUGUACUGUCUUUCAAAAUCAAUAUGUCUAUGCUUAUGGACAGCAUUUUCAAAAAAUACUAUGGCCAAUUCUGUGCAUACUGUAGUAAUAUUAUAAUUCUCAGCUUUAAUUUCUGUUAACUCUCUAUAUUACUGUUUCACUUAAAACAACUGUGUGGUAUAACGCAGUGUAUAACAGGACUGGGGGUUGUUUCCAGCAAGCUUAGAUUGUGUAAAGGCAGUAUUAUGCCUGCUGAAGAAAUUAUACCGACUGGAUUCUGCCAUCAUGUGCUUUGAUUAACAAAUGUGUAUCCAAUAUUUUCAUUUCAUCUUUAAUGCAAAUCUUUAAAAUUCAUGGAAGAUGUCCAACCAUAAGCUUCCUGUGCUUUUAACCUUAGUUUUGCACCUCAGGAUACUGCAGUGUAGCUCCUAUCAAAAAAGGAUUAUACUGCCAAAAGUAUAGUUUUGCAAUACUCCAAAAUUGUUUAUUGGCGGUUUUAUUGAUUAAGAUAUUUAUGAAAUAUAAGGAUGUAGAGGACUUUGUUCUAGAGUAAGUGCUGUAUGAAUGUUUUACAAGCAAAAAGCUGGACAUCUUGGUGCAAGGUUAAGGUGAAAAUAAAUAGUUGUCUUGAAAUUAAUCUUAUUAUUAAAAAGAGACUCAAGAAAUUGAAGUUAAAAUCUUGAAAUCUUGAGACACGAGAAUGGGGUGUAUGUAUACAGUAUGUAUCCAUAGACCACCAUACAGACAAAAUCAGCAUAUGACACUUCAUAACCUGGGUAGAUCAUUUUAAGAUUGACCUAAUAUGUACUAUUUUUGCAUUUAUAUAAAUGUGUGUAAUGUCAUUUUAUUCACGCAAGUUUUGCUAAAAACUUUUAGAUCCCAAUAAAAGUUUUUUU